AUGUCAACUCGUAGGUAUGGUUUUGGAAGAGCUGAUGAGGCUACUCAUCCAGAUUCUCUUAGAGCUACCCUAGCUGAAUUUGCUUCCACUUUCAUCUUUGUUUUUGCUGGAGAAGGCUCUGGACUUGCUUUAGUUAAGAUAUACCAAGAUUCAGCUUUCUCAGCUGGUGAGUUGUUGGCAGUUGCACUUGCUCAUGCAUUUGCUCUAUUUGCUGCUGUGUCUUCUAGCAUGCAUGUAUCUGGUGGACAUGUGAAUCCUGCAGUCACAUUUGGUGCUCUUAUUGGUGGCAGAAUCUCUGUCAUUCGGGCGGUUUACUAUUGGGUUGCUCAACUUUUAGGUGCUAUUGUUGCUGCACUCUUGCUUAGGCUUGUCACUAAUAACAUGAGACCAGCAGGGUUUCAUGUAGGAGUGGGUCUAGGCGAAGGACAUGGUCUUCUGCUUGAGAUCAUCAUGACAUUUGGGCUAAUGUACACAGUAUAUGCAACAGCAAUUGAUCCAAAAAGAGGCAACAUUGCAGCCAUUGCACCUUUAGCAAUUGGGCUCAUUGUUGGUGCAAACAUCCUCGUCGGCGGGCCAUUUGACGGAGCCUGCAUGAACCCUGCUCUCGCUUUUGGCCCUUCUUUGGUAGGCUGGAGAUGGCACUCUCAUUGGAUCUUCUGGGUUGGUCCAUUCAUUGGUGCAGCAUUAGCAUCACUCAUAUAUGAAUAUGUUGUGAUCCCAACAGAACCACCUCAUGCACACCAGCCUCUUGCUGCUGAAGAUUACUAG